UCAGGAUUUGGCUAGCUGGUGCAGCUCAUGCUUGCGCACAGAUGGCCAGCCGCUCCCUUCGGCACUUGAGCUGCAGGUGGCCGAGAUGUCCAGGAGAGGCGCUGCUAGCAGUGCUGCUCACCGCAUCGGCGACAGUGCUGAGCACGCAGCUCACCCGUUCUGCUCAGAGCCAUCUCCAUGCGCCAUGCUUUGUCAUGUACGUCCACAUUACCAUGAUGGCGCUGCUUCUUCCUGUCGCACGAGCUCUGAAGACCGACGCCUAUUUGGCCAGCGCUGCGGACGUGGGCGUUUUCCUGCCACUUUGGGUUGUUUCCAAUUAUUGCCUCGUCCAAGCCCUUGCCCUGGCUCCUGCCGGGCUCAUCCAGAUCGUGUUCGGCACAGGGCCAGCCCAGGUGGCCGUGCUCAGCCGCGUUUUCCUGGCAGAGCGCUUCUCUCUGCCGCGCGCAGUGGCCGUGGCGCUUGCCUUUGGAGGAGUCCUUGCGCUGGCUGCCAAGGCUGGCUUUGAUGGCCGCACUGCUGUGGAUACCCUGCUGGGUUCUCUAUGUGCAGUGGCAGCAGUUUUCGCGUCGGCUUGCUACAAGGUGGCAUUCAAGGUGCGGCUUGGCACGCCGCCGCCCCAUAUGAUCCUGGGCGUGGUGGGAACGCUUGGGGCGGUGACUAGCAUUGUGGGCUUACCGCUCGUGGUUCUUCUGGCCGUCCUCGGGCUGGAGGACCGUUGGUGGAGUAGCUCGGCUUCUGUGAACUGGUACUUGGUCUUUGGCAGUGCCGCUGUGGAUCUUGUCUACAACACCUCAGUUGCUUGGGGCUUGGCCGCUUGGCUGCGCACUAGUCGGCACAAGCGCAUCCCGUGUCAGACCCGAGGCCUGGGUGUCACGAAAACAAAUUAGGCGGUACUCAAUGGACAGGCGGUGGCCAGCCCCAUCUUUGUCUCCGUGGGCUUGAUCUUGGGAACCCCCGCAGCUUGGCGAAAGCAUCGCUGGGCGGGAUGCUGUUUCCUGCGAGCGCAAGGUCAAUCUGCUUAUUGAUGCCGUCUUCAACGGAGUGGCGCCCAAUGCGGUCCAAUACUUUGGUGCGGCCUUGAUCGGGGUGUCUUGCACAAUGCUUGUUCUUCUGCCACAGACGCAGCCUGAUCAGUUUUCCGCCAGUGAGCGACGAAGUGAUUUGUUGAUAACGCCUUCCAUCGACACGCAUUGACUGCAGCUGUAAUAUGCUGCAAUCAGCCGUGGCGCCGUGCGACUGCUUGCAGUAUGACAGUGUGCAGUCACCAAGCGGCAGAAUCAUUGCUGCAUGUUGAUCCAAAGGAUGAACAACAAGCGCAUCAGCACGCCGUUCUGAGCAGCACGCCCACGAACCC